AUGCCGUGGUCAUUUGCCCUGCCUCAGGCUAUUCUCACGUCGCCGCUUUUGGCUGUCGCGACGCCCAUUGCUGUGGGCACGACGUCUGCACUGUUGACCAACCGUACAAAGACCAAAGAAACCUACGGCAAGCUCCGCCAACCCCCCUUCAGCCCCCCAGCCUGGCUCUUCGGACCGGCCUGGACCAUCCUCUACGGUCUAAUGGGCUACGCCUCGCACCACGCAACAGUCGUAGCAUCACAAUCCCUCCUUCCAGCCGUCCAAGAAGCCAACCUCUCCGCCCAGACCCUAUACACCACACAGCUAGGACUGAACUUUAUCUGGAUGCCGCUGUUCUUCGGUCUGGGACGCCCUGCUACCGCCUUGGGUGAUAUGGCUCUGCUUAUUGGCAAUGUGACGGCUUUAAUGGUGAAUUGGUGGGAUGGGGAUCGGACGGCGUUUUGGUUGAUGGCGCCUUAUUUGGGGUGGUUGGGGUAUGCGUCGUAUUUAAAUGCUGGGGUGGGGUAUUUGAAUGGGUGGACUUUGCCGAGGAAGGAGAGGGGGGGAGUAAAUGCGUUUUCUUGA